AUGGGCCUUUUAGACUCCUCAGGCGUUCUCCUCAAACCCCACAUCUUCUCCAAGCCCCAGGGGGCCCCCGGGGCCCCCCCUGGGGGCCCCCCUGAGGGGCCCCCUGAGGGGCCCCCCCUUGAGGGGCCCCCUGAGGGGUCACCAGGAGGGGCCCCCAGGGGGCCCCCCAAUGGGGGCCCCCGUUUGGCCCGGGGUAUGGAUGAGGCCUUUUAUGUGGACUUACCGCCACCGAAUUUGAGAGAAAGAAAAGCCCCCCCAAGACCUAGAAGAUUCUAUCCUUAG